AUGGGGGGGCCGCUUGGGGCGAUCAUAGGAAGGUACCCGACGGGUGGAGAGCGGGGGGGACAGCCGGGUGAGGGAAUCAUACGGCACAACCGGAAAUGCAGGGACCUGGUGUUCCUCAUCAUUUUCAUCGCCUUCUGGGUUGCCAUGAUCGUCAACUCCAGCCUCGGCUUCAACAAGGGCAACCCGCUCAGGUGUUUACGGCGUCCACAUUCGUGGCAUCAUUAACAAUGUCGCGCCCGUUUCAACAUCUUUCGAGAAGGGUCUUCUUGGUUUAUGCUUUACUUAUAUUUUAUUUUUAUUUUUUAUUUUUAUGGAGAAAAAGACGGGUUCCCUCAGAUGGUGAUAUGCUCUUGAACAGUAAAAGCAGACAUCCACUGUCUGACUGACCGUUCGAGCAUAUCUUGUCGUCAAGAUCGUUUUUAUUCUCCGUAAAAUAUCAUUUUGCUGCAGUAGAACUGGUUUUUCGGUAAACUCAGAAUGGCUCCUUGAUGAGGGGCUCUUCUUUGUGUCAGGUUAUGUGCUGUUGAGACUCACGAGAGAGUAGAAGGCUUUAGUUGUUUGAUCCCACGUGAAGGGUUCCUGAAUCCCGUGGGAUUUUUUCAGCUGAUUUUUUUUCUUAUUGUUUGCUUGCGUGGGUAGAUUACCCUUCCUCGAAGUUGCACGAUUUAUUUGUUGAGUUACCUGAUCGAGUAACGUUGAUGCCAAAUUUAUUACUUCAGCUUUUCAGAUUUAUUUUCUGUGGUACGUGGUUUUUCUGGUUGGAACGUUGGGGUUAUUUUUGUCUUGAUUUCUUCCUCUAGGUGCAACUUCGCUUUACAUGUCUGAAGUGAUUAUGAACGGUGCGUCUUGAUGUGUAAGCCUGUUCUACUUCGUUGCUGCAGAACGUCACAUUGAGUUUGCUAUCAUUUACUUUGUUAAAUUUCUUGUGACUCUAUGAGUAGUCUUAAUUUCAUCAAAUUGGUUCAGAUAUAUGAUUUAUAUUUUCAUUCAAUACCCUUUUGCCCUGGCUAGGUAUGAACGCCAUCAGCAUGCUUUCACUAUUUGGCUUGUACGUAUUUUUCAGUCUUUCUUCCUCUGAUUCACUUGAUUUCAGGCUGAAUUAUGGGCUGGACUAUAAAGGAAAUAUCUGUGGGGAUAAGCAUGCCGAUCCAGAUCUUCGAGAACUAGAGGUUAGAUAUUGGAUGAAUCCCAACCAGAUCUACCAAAGUGGUGUGAAGGAUAGCCAGUUUAAGCUGGCAGAUGCUCGUAGUGUCUGUUUGAUGGAAUGCCCUACGCCUUCAGAGGAUGGUAUCAGUUGGGUGUGUGACUAUCCAGAGGGAGAUAUUAAAAUUUCAACGGAUGAUUGGAUUGAUAGAGAUUAUGAUUAUUAUGAGUUCCUCACGCCAGAAAUGAGGAACAGUUCUCUUCAGCUCCAGGGUCCUUGCUACCCUGUCAUAUUUCCUUCAGUGAAUGGUCAGUGCAGUUGCUCAUUUACUGAUCCUUACGGAAUGAUAUGAUGAAAUUCACCAGACAAUUACCUCAAUUGCUUGUUGUUUGCAUUAUCAUGGGCAAACCGUGGGAGAAGAGUCUUUUAAUAAAGAAUUUUUGUUCAUGUAAAUAGCUCGAUGUCAUCCUGAUAAAAAAAGGCAGUUUUUUAUUGUUCUCCAUCGGAAAGGCCAAAUUAGGUGGUUUCUGCUUAGUAAAGAUAUAAGUUCCCUUCAUCUAUUAAAGAGGAAAUAUUUGAAGAAACUGCCAACACACCGUUCCAUUGUUAUUUUUGUUUCCAUUAGGUAAGAAAGCGUUGUUACUUUUGCAGCCAAUGGACUGCAUUCGUGCCUUUUUUUUUUUAAAACCUUAUUUUUAAAAGAGUUUGAAAACCUGAAAUAUAGAGCCAAUGCCUUGCUGGUUAGGGGGAAACGAUGUUUUGAUCACAUUUCUUUAAACGAUCAAUGCAAUAUUUUUCUUUCUCAGAUGGAUGGAUUUUCUUCUCUCUAACGGUUUUCUGGAUAACUUUAACGUUGACAUUACUCUUUUUCUCACCAUUCAGUCUUCUGGAGCUGCCAAUUUAUUGCACGUGCAUCAAAUGUUUCUUUAAGACAUUGGCAACAGAUGGGUGGUGUUGAGAUAGAGGAUAAUAUUCUAAUUGAUAGAGCAAUCCACAAGGCCAUCAACUCGCAUUCUGCUGUAUUAAAGGUUAAAAUUCCCUCCUUGAACUAGGUAGUAAAAUUUCUUGGUUUUUUAUAUAUAUUUUUGUUAGGUUUCUGGUGUUCUGUUAUUGGUCGGGAUCAAUGGAAUUAUAGAAGCUGAUUUUGUGUUUGUAUUGGGAAAAUGACCAUCGUUUCUAUAUUUAACUCAUUAGAAAUUCUUUUCCAUGCAGUUUAUCUAUUCUCUGUGCCUUUUAUCAGAAUUUGUCAUUACCAGGACGUACUACUCAAAUUGGGUGUUUAAGGGUUUGAAUUUUGGGAAUCGUAAUACCUUUUUGUUUUCAGCUUCAUGCCUACCGACUGGUUUCAUGCCAGCAUUACGAACAUUACUGGUGGGUUAAUUAUCUACAUCAGGCAAGGUGUCAAGGCACUAGCUAGUGGCCAUGUCAAAAGUGUAAAACGUAGGAGAGAAAGGAAAAUGUGAAAUGCUGAACUCCAGAAAGUAGUGGAGGUUUAAACGAGAGAUAAAUAGAAACAAGGUGUUCGUUUAUAUUACUUAAAGCAGAGGAAAAUAAAGGGUUCGUCACCUGUCUUGUCCACUUGAUCUUGAUAUGGACUAUAACGAUUUGAUGCAGGGAAAACUGUUUCAAGUUCGUCUCAUAAUUGUCAUCCGAGUUUCUUAUUCCUUUUCAUUCUGGCUCCUUUAGGAGAGUUUACCUUUAUCUGUUUCAUCUGAUCCGCGCUAAGCAUGGACAAACGACCUCAAAUGUUGUUUUUCCUUUACGAGAUUUAGAUGGUUCAACACAAUCUUUUUUGUCUAAAUGUAUAAAUUAAAAUCAUGUUAUUUAGAGCCCAGGAUAAAAUUUUCUAAUAUUUCUAACUUCAGCAUCAUUGUCGUAAUUCUUUAUUUACCAAUAUUGCUACAGUUUAUCUGGUGACAAAGUCAAGGUUUCAAGAAGUUUUCUGAUUGCUGUCUCAUCUUAUGUUGGUACUCGAGUAGUUGGCUGAAAUACUUAUAUCUCUGGGCAGGCAAUAAUCCUUUUGAUUGUUUGUAUUAGGUCAUCUAAUCAUAUAGAGCAGUAAAUAGAUAAGGGCUUAGACAGGUUGGAUAGAACUACGUCAUUCAUGAAGUCUAGAUUCGUGUUUACAUCACGAUUGGAUUGGUCACUCCAACCACAUACACAUGUGGGAUACAAUCCUUCAGGUUUAAGUGGGAUGGUACAAACCAUUGUGGGUUGGAUUCCCCUCUCUUCUCCCAUUUCAUGGUAUGAAUCUCCUCUCACAUAAUCAAGUUCUCAUUUCCUCUUCACCAGCUCUCUGCAAAAACUGUUAAGUGAUCUAAUCCCAUGUUUUUAGGAUGACGGAGGCCAAGGCAGGCCAUUGGAAUAGAACCAAGAUCACUUGUGUGGCAUACCAUCCUUUAGGCGACGAUCAGCUGCCUCCUUUUAUUCAAACCUCACUUGUUAUCUUCUGGAUUUUUAAUAUACCUGUGACAUAUUUAACCAAUCCCAAGAUCAACUAGAUAAAGGAUAGCAAUGCUCACUGUUCUAUCUAUCAUAUGCCGAGGAAUUUCAGCCAUUAUGUUGCUUGUAGAUGUCUGCAUGGCCUUUUAUGCUUUUAGCUGAAUCAGACAGUUGCUUUACUUGUUCAGUGAACCUUCUCAAAUGAUGAUUGCAGAGGUAUGUAGCAGAUAUUGGAAAAGCAUGGCCCGUCUUGAUUGUCUGUGGUGCAAUGUUACCGUUAUUUUUGUCAAUCAUCUGGCUAUUAAUGAUUCGGCACUUUGUAUCUGCAAUGACGUGGAUAACUGUAGGUCUUUUCAACUCCCUCAUUAUAUCAGUGACGAUGUUAUUCUACAUGAAAGGUUAGAGUUUUCAGUAUAUUUUUUAUAUUCAUCAGAAAAAUCGUAUUGUUCUUCUAUUUGUAUCCCUACUUUGCAUCCUUAUUUGUGGUGUCAUGAAUUCCAUAGUUGUAGUGAUUGAAGCUCAUGGGAUGGGUGUUUUGAAACUAACUGAUUCUAGAUGAAAUUUUCUCAGAGGAAGCUGCUGUUGGAUACUAGUGAUAUGUCAGUAAUCUUCUUGAGAGCUCAUAAAUCAAGCAUGUACAUCCUCCCCUUUUACUUCAUGAUGCUAUGAUGCUGACCAUUUUCAAAAGAAUAAUUAGCCAUUUCAAGAAAAUAAUUUGGUCUUUAGAACCAGUGAAAUAAGCUAGAAUAUCUCAAAUUAAUAAUUCAUGAUGUACCAGUGAAAUAAAAUAAUAAGGGAACCAAAAAAUAUGUUUGAUCACUUUCCAGAUCUUUAUUCCCUGAAAUGGAGAAAACGAAUAGUCAGUUUGUCUUCACUUAACGAUUUUCUAUAGCAAAAGGCAUUGCUUUGAAAUGAUAUAAUAUUAUAAAUGGUUAUCUCACCUUCUGAAAGCAGAUGCUGUUGAGCAGUCAGAUAUUAGAGUCUUUUCCAAGGUAAGCAUGUGAAAAUUGGGAUUGUGGAAACUUCCAGCUGCCAGCUGACCAACUAAUUAAGGAAACUUCCACAUGUAGAAUUCUUUUUUUAAAAAACUUUUAGAGCGUGAUUAUUUGUGUCUAAUGAUCCAUAAUCUGUAGUAUACCUUACCUCAGAUGGAGUAUCCUGCAAUGAAGCUUCUCAACGUGUUUCUUUUGUUUCGACGAAUAUCAGGUGUUGAUAUUAUGAUAUUUAUUGAAAUUUUGUCGAUUAAAUGAAUAGUGCUUGGGAAGAGAUUUCAAAGGUAGGCUGUAUAGUCUUAAGGAUAGUUACAAUUGAUUAGUGUGUGUGAUCUUAUGACAGUUUUUUAAAUAAGGUAGGUGUUUGAACAUAAUAGAAAUGUCAUAUAUUUCUGGAUAUGGUCACGGUACGUCCUUUAGGAAAAUAUGUAGCAGAUACGACCGGGUUCUCUGUAACUGUCCAAAGGAGACAUGCAUCGACGCAUUCAUUAGUUUGAACAAUACAAAUGCAAGUACUCUGAAGCAAAUUAGCUCGGGUGCAAUCCUACCUUUUGCUUGGCUACAGUAUAUUAUCAGAUUAUCCACAAGUGCCAGUUGUGAACCUACCAAUGAAAUGAAGAACUGAAGGUAGAAUAGCCUUCAACCUUUGAAGUGUAGCUUUCAAUAAAUCAGCGAGGAAAAAGAAAAAAAGUAUAGGAAAAUAUGAUGAUGAAAAAAUGGCAGCAGAGAGAUAAAAACAAAAAACAGAAGGCACAAAAAUGCUUGCAAUGCCGCAAGGAUGAUCUGAAAGAGGAAAGCAGUAUGGUGACGACAACUUCUGCUGUUCAGCAUGCUUUUAUGGGCUCUUUUGCACGGAUAUAUUUGUUCAAUUACUUUUUUAUAUGAUUUUCUAUGAUGUCUUCUGGUAUUGAUUUCUAUUCCAACUUGUAUUUCAUGUACCUCGUAUUAUAUAGCUUCUACAGCAUGUGCUGAUUUGACUGGAACUCAUAUUCUGGGAACGCAAACGUCCACUAUGCCUAUAUUCAUAUAUAUCUGCACAUAUCUGACUAGUGGUCUUGAUUUUUUAGCUGGAUGGAUAGGGAACGAUGCCAUAUCUGCUGUUAUUGGUGAAAGUGAUCCAUAUUACACUGUUACUGGAAGAGUGAGUUUCAUGGAUAAAUUCAACUACUUUUAGGAAUCAAUGUUUAGUUCGCUUCAUGGAUUAUAAUACCCAAUUUCAGGAGCUGAAUCACAUGCGUGCUGUUGCUGUUCUCAUGACACUUGUAAUGAUUGUUGCCAUUCUUUCCUCAAUAGCCAUUGUUCGUCGCAUCCUCAUGGCAACAUCUGUUUUAAAGGCAAGUAGACAACGGAAAUCUUUGCUCCUUUGCACAUAUUCCCCUUAUCCAUCUUUCUCUUUUUCUUGUUCUUGGAAUCUUGCAGAAAAACAUUUAAAAAAAAUAAAUCUCUGCAGGUUGCUGCAAAGGUUAUAGGUGAAGUUCAGGCUCUUAUAAUAUUCCCAACUCUGCCAUAUGUUAUCCUCGUGAUAUUUUUCAUGUUCUGGGCCUCCGCUGCGCUUCACCUGUUUAGCUCUGGUCAGAUCAUCAGAAAUGAAUGCAAUGUCAACUGCUGUUCAUACAACCUGAAAUCCAACAGGGUGAACUGCGAUAACUGUUGUGGAUACAGCAUACACUACACCCCUCAUAUCACCGUGGCCAUCCUCUUUCACCUCUUUGGCUGCUUUUGGGUGACGCAGUUCAUCAUUGCAUCUUCCUCUACUGUGAUAGCAGGAUCAGUUGCUUCGUACUAUUGGACCCGUGGAGAGGUUUCGGUGAGUAAAGAACUUAUCGAAUGCCAUUCUUCUGUCUUAAUCUCUUAGACCAAAGUGAACCUAUGUCAUUAUCCAAAAUUUCAAAUUGACCUUGAAAAUUUGUAAAGAAAUUGAAAAUCUUCUCAGAUGUAAUGUAGUAGCCAAGACACACUUUCAUAUACUGAACAAGGAAAGAAAGCCCAUAUAUUGUCUUUCCCUUGGCUGAACACUGAUGUCUAUAUUUAAUGCAGGAGAUUCCUUUCCUUCCAGUGUUCUCUUCUUUAAAGCGGUUUCUGCGUUAUAGUAUCGGCUCCGUGGCUCUUGGCUCUCUGAUCGUAUCCAUUGUUGAGUCAAUCCGCUUUAUUCUCGAGUCAAUCCGGCGAAGGCUAAAGUUCAGUGAUACAGUUUCUGAAAGCUGGAUGGGGAGAGCAACGUCGUUCUCUUCCCAAUGUUGCCUUGGAUGCAUUGAAUGGACCAUCAAAUCGGUGAAUCGGAAUGCAUACAUUAUGGUAAGAUUCUAAUUACUCAAAAGAACUUACAUUCCUAAACCCCAUCGGCAUCCAAGUUCGAGGUGUGCUCAUAAAUUACAUGUUCCUGUCGCGGCACAUGCAUAUCUUACGGUAUUUAACUACUUCGACUGAUGCCUUAAUCUCAGAAUUGUUGCAUCUCAUUUCUGAUUUCGUAACACUGCCUGUGUUUCUUCUAUAUGCAUUCAUCUUCUAUAAACCCUUUAGAAAACAAAUCCCUGGAGGUGUGUGUAGAGCAGCACGAUGAGUUUCUGAUCUUUUACAAUAAUGUUACUACAAUGUAAAACUGUGGCGUUCCUUUUCUUCACCCAAAAAAAGCUGGUAGAAUUUUUCGAGAGAAAUAAAUGGGCUUGAAUAGCUUGAAGGUUGUGGAGGGAGAUGAGUGAUGCACCCUUGUGGCAAUCAGGGAAGAUAUCUCAGUGGAUAUUUAUGCUUAUUUUUAUCAAUUAUCGCCGAGAUGAAAUCAAAACCUCGUGCAAAUUUGCAGGGUAUAGCCAUCCUUUUAAAGAAAAGUAUUCAUUGUCCUACAUCUGCACAUGAGCGAGCUAACUCUUCUGUUUUGGUUGGACAGAUUGCUAUAACUGGCAAAGGAUUCUUCAAAGCUUCUUCUAUCGCAACUGGUUUGAUAAUGAACAACAUUCUACGCAUAGGAAAAGUAAAUGUCAUCGGAGAUGUCAUACUCUUUCUUGGAAAGCUAUGCAUCAGCCUAUUCUGCACGGUUUUUGCAUUCCUAAUGCUGGACAAUCACAAGUUUAAAUCUGCCCACAACAAGGUUUCUUCCCCGUUGUUUCCUGUUUUGGUAAGACUCCUAAAUCUGUUAUCUUAUGAGACCUUGUUCCAACAAGAUAACUGGGGUCAUGAAUCUGAACACGACUAAAGAAAGGCCCUUCUAAGUCAUUUCUUGCUUGGAUAUUCUAAGAAUGAUUAAUGAGCUUAAAGUCCUGAACUUUUUUUCCAACGUACGACAUUUCCUAUGGUCUGUUAUGGUUAUUUCCUAAAUAGGCCUCUGGCACUGGUUAUUCUUAUCCUAAACAUGAAGUGUGGAUGUGUAGGUGUGCUGGGCCCUUGGUUAUAUUGUUGCAACCCUCUUCUUUGCCGUCGUAGAGAUGGCCAUCGACACCAUCAUCCUCUCCUUCUGCCAAGAUGCCGAAGAACAUCAGGGCACGGCACAGUAUGCACCACCCCUCCUCAUGGAGACACUUGAGGACCAAGGAGAGAUGCAGAGACUAACUCAGGGAUCUUAA